GAAAUUGCUUCAGAGGCGGAGGGAGAGAGAUGGAAGAAGGUGCCGCCUUCAGAGAUUAAGGAGACUUGUGGAGUAGGAUGGAAAGAUUUGUGGAGGAACAUCACCCUGACAAAGCUGUUGCAGGCCAUGUUGGCAACAUGUACAAUGACAAUGUCUUGUUCCAUUUUAGGGAAAUUUUAAAGAGAUGCCAGAAACAGAGUUCUAUGGACAGAUAUUUAGUGCCACAGGUGUGCAGUGACUCUCAAGCUGGUCCUAGUGGCAUUAUAAAACAAAGAAGGGAAGUAACCCCGGAAAAGGAUUUGGUACCUGAAGUCUUUAUGGAAGGGGAUUCCCCUUCCAAACAGUAAUUUCUCCGUCCUCCUGUCUUCCAUACACUUAGAAGAGCCUUCAAUAAAGGGGUACUGCAAGAGGAUGCUGUCUUUGCGGUGGCUUGGCAGAUGCCAUCCUCCAGUCAGCAGUAUAGUGAUGGGUUCUCAGGAUUCAGCUUUGAUUCACAGGAAGUUGAUAAAUGUGAAUGAUGAAACAUUCUCCAACCCCAGCACUAGCCUUUGGAUUUUCUGGCCUUAUACCUAUUGCAGCAGCACCAGUGUUGAUGAUUGCCUCUGGAGGUUUUGACCCAAGUAUUGCUGAUACACAGCUUGUUUAUGGUGCCGUGGUUUUAUCCUUCCUGGGUGGUGUACGAUGGGGGUUCACACUGCCAGAAGGUAGUUCACAACCUCCUGACUGGCAUAAUUUAGGAUAUAGCAUGACUCCUCCUCUGAUUGCAUGGCUUGGGAUUUUAGCCCCUUAUUCUGUUGGGGUAGUUACUGUUAUUGCUGGGCUUGGAUUUGCUGGGUAUAUGGAUCUAGCUAUGUGGGGUUAUCCAAAUUGGUUUAAAGGAUUAAGAUUCUGUCUUACAUUAGGUGCUGUACUUUCUCUCUGGACAUGUUUUGUCUGUAAGUUUGUAUUAGAUGAAAUUAAAGAAGAAGGGGAAGUUGUAAAAAAGUGAUUGACGUAAAUUGUAUUGUCAAGAGUCACUGUUUUAUAUUUGCAAUAAAUAUAUGUUGAGAUUAAAAAUGCUUAUUGUAAAAAGUUUUUUUAAUGAAAAUGCCACAGCUUAAAUAUUUUGGCUAAUAUACAGUGGUAAAUGUUCAUUUCAAGUAGGCCUGCAGAGGUUAUAUUUUUAUGAACUAAUAUCAUUUGAUUGCAUUCAUUGUUAGUAAUCAGGUGACAUGUUUGUCAACCUUUAUAUUGGUGAUGUAGUGGCAUUAAAAAAUAUUAAAAUUAGCCUAUAUCAGGAGGCUGGUGAAGACAUUAUUUCGAGUGACCAUAAAAGAGUGGCACUGUACUACUGUAGUGGUAAAUAUAGGCUAAAAGUUAGCCCAGUAAUGUAGACAUAGAAAAUGCGUGUUGUAAGUUAUUCAUGAAAUUGUGAUGUAUGAUUAAUGGUACUUGAAACAUUUAUACAGAAUAGACUAGAAUAGUGUUUAAAAUGUUUGCUUCAAGAAUUCUUUGUCUUCCACCCUCUGGGUGGAGUUUCUUCAGUAAACGUGGUGUCAGAUAUGUAGGAAAUCAUUCUUAUUGUUAAUGUGUAUAUAGUAAAAAUCCAUUCAAUAAAUAUCUAGAUAAUAAA